UCUCAAUUUUAUCGAAAGGGAAGGAAUUUAUUCUUUACAUAAAUAUAUGGUCUUUUUUCUGUUAAUUUAUAUAAUUUGUUAAUUAAUAUCUAGAAAUACCAAUAAGUUUCUACAAUUUAACAUAGAUUUUUAGUCUUAGAAUCACAGCUGGACAGAUGCAGUGACCCCCUCUGUUUCAAGAAAGGAAUUUGUGAAAGGGAUGGAUGGAGUGAAUUACAAACAUCACAUAAAUAAAAAAAAAACUUGUUUUCUUUGUUUCAAGCUUGCUGGCCAAAAAAGGCCACUGGCAUGUAACUGUAAGUGGCCCAUGACCCACCAGUUGAUGAUCCCAGUUUUAGCACAUUUUGGGGCUCAGAUGAAAACGAUAGAUUUUGCCAUUUAGGCAGGUAGAUGCAGCUGUAGCGUUYCCAAUGAAAUAUUAAUUACUGCCAGUUCAAAAAAUAAAUAAAUAAAAGAAAAAUAAACAAAUGCCCAUUUUUCCCACCGUCUCCAAAGGCACCAUCCUAUCGCUGCAUCGCCCGCACCUCGCAGGUGUCGAGCCGAACGACCACCGGCCCAGCGGCAUGGCGGACAGAGAGAAGAGGAACGGCGCCCGGCCACCCAGCUCCCCGGCCAGCUUCAGGUUGACACAUGAUAUCAGUCUGGAUGAGUUUGAAGAUGAUGACCUGUCAGAGAUUACAGAGAUCACUGAUGAGCGAGGGAUAAGUCUCAACUGCAAUGGCCCAGAUAUAAAGAGCCGCAUGAGGCGAGGAACCAAUAGCACGUCAGGGAGGAUGGAGCUGGGAGCCGUUGGCCAGCUUCAGGCAGAGAUGUUGCAUUUGGAGCUUAUCGACGGCGCCGACGGUUACCACAGCGAUAAAGAGUCCUCAAAGGCAUCCUCUGUCGCACCCUCGGCGGUCACCAAGGACCCUGCAGCAUCUGCCACCAUGGAUACUUACCGGCCCAAGAGACCCACGACUCUUAACCUCUUCCCGGUUGUGCCACGCACACAGGACACCUUAAACAACAACUCAUUAGGAAAAAAAUACAGCUGGCAGGAAAAGGUCUCGGGCUCAUCCUCACCCCUUAAAACUGGCGACCUCACCCCUCCUCGCGAGCACCGCUGCCUGAGUGAUGAGGACAAGGUUCAGACUGGGGGAGCGCAGACCAAAGACCGCGGCACUUCCACCGACGCCCCCUGCAGGCACGGCCGCACAUCGGGACAUUUGCACGGCUCGAGCGCAGGAGCCGUGACUCGCUCCAAGCUACAGGAGAAGCCACCUCAGCCUCCGCCGCCACAGAACUACACCCCAGCUCCUCUAUACCCGGCGGGGAAGUCGGACUGCCCUGGGCACCAUCGAGAGAGGAUUCGAUACCACACGGAUAUUCAUCUGGAACCCACGGAGGAGAUUUACCUGACCCCGGUCCACCGUUCCACCGACCCCUUAGAACCCCCCAAUGCACAGGACCGACCUUUCCUUUCACAGCAGACUGAACAAGGACGCAUGUCCAUAAGCUCCGAUACAGAGGGUCCUCCUCCUUAUCAGCCCCUCCCAGACCGGACAAAUCCUUCAAUUUUUGAGGAGGACGAACUGUACGUMCCCCCACCUUCAUAUGCUUCCUGUGUGGAGUCUCUCAUCACCCCACCUAGCAUGGCUAUUUCAGCUCCCCCCUCUCAUGCUCUGGACCUCAGCUUAAAGGGGGUGGGGGCCACGCUGAGAGCAGGGUCAUCUGUAGAGUAUGUGGACGCCACCGAUGAAAGCUAUUGUGGGGAGGAUGAGGACGUAGACAGGAUAAUAAUGGACAGAAAGACGACAAAGGUGGGAGGGAAGGGAGAUGGCAGUGGCAGAAAAUCUGUUCCACUAAGGACUACCAUGAACUCCGAGGCCAGCAGCUUAACAUAUGACUCGGUCAAAUACACACUUGUGGUGGAUGAGCACUCUCAGCUAGAGCUCAUCAGUCUUCGGCAGUGUUACCAAGGCUACAGUGAUGACAGCGACUCAGCCACCRUCUACGACAACUGUCUCUCUUCCCCUUACGAGUCUGCCAUCGGGGAGGAGUACGAGGAAGAUGAAGACGAGGAUCAUCGGACAGGUGGAGUGCAGAGGGAGGCCACAGCUUGUCUCUCUGGAGACUCCACCUCCGAGGAUGACCUGCACUUUUCCAAGAAGUUCCUCAACGUCUUCAUGAACGGCCGCUCUCGGUCCUCCAGUGCUGAGUCCUUUGGCUUGUGUUCUUGUGUCAUAAAUGGAGAAGAGACAGAUCAGACUCACAGAGCAGUUUACAGGUUUGUCCCUCGCCACGAUGAUGAGCUGGAGCUGGAGGUGGAUGACCCGUUACUGGUGGAGGUCCAUGGGGAGGAUUACUGGUAUGAGGGCUACAACAUGCGUACUGGAGCCCGAGGGAUCUUCCCUGCCUACUACGCCAUGGAGGUGACCAAGGACAAGGAGAGCUCUAUAGUGAAGAGCAGUGAAUGGAUGGACAGGUAUCGCCUGAAGUUUCUGGGAUCAGUUCAAGUGCCCUGCCACAAAGGAAAUGACGUUCUGUGUGCAGCCAUGCAGAAGAUUGCCACCAACAGAAGGAUGACUGUAAAGUAUAACCCGCCUUCCUCCUGUAUCCUGGAGAUCAGUGUCAAAGGUAUCAAGCUUGCUGUUCAGGAGGACUACUAUACAUGUGACCGAAGCAAUGAGUGCAGCCACUUCUUCCAGCUAAAGAACGUCUCUUUUUGUGGCUAUCACCCUAAAAACAGCAAGUAUUUUGGUUUCAUAACAAAGCACCCAGCAGACCAGAGAUUUGCCUGCCAUGUAUUUGUGUCUGAAAACUCAACCAAGCCUCUCGCAGAGUCAGUAGGGAAAGCCUUCCAGUUGUACUACAAAGAGUUUGUGGAAUUCUCGUGCCCAACAGAGGACAUUUAUCUGGAGUAACCCCAUCCACCAACAAUAACCUGUACAAUACACUGUAUCAUAACAWAUUGUUGCAUGGUGGACUGAUUUCUAAAUUAAAAAUAAAUAACAUAACUGACAAAAAAAGAAAAAAAGCAGGAGCUGAGUGCAGAAUAAUGAUAUGGUGUGCAGGAAGAGGAGAUACAAAUAAGCCAAAGGAUAU